GACUCGAUCUCUUCCACUUGUUGACACGGUAUUGGUUGUCAGUUUGGUUUAGUAAAGAAAGUGGCCGUUUAGCGUGAGGCAAUAGGUUAUUUAUAUCUGUGUGUAAUGAACACCAAGCACCUUGACCCUCCAGUAAAAUACCAGAACCAGCAGAAAUGUUGUCCCUCGAUCGGGAAACCACAAUUUCAUGAAGCAGUCGUAGGCCUACGUUCCUCCACAGGUGCUGAGACAGUUAGCUUUAGCGACGAAGCGUCAACAGCUAGCCGCCUGGUUUUAUAAAUAGUUGCACAGGCUGUUUGUUUCAUCCGACUGACACUCGACACCAGGGGAUCUUUGAAGCCUGCAUGCUAACCCAAGCCCUCGGUUUGUUCCCAAUGGUGGACCCUCGCUCUGGGACCAGUCCGCUAUUUCGGUCUGGACUCCGGCACCGAGUUCCGGUGGCCGCUUCUGUGAUCCGCCGCUCGGAGGCCCCACAGUGGACUAUACAAAGUUUUGUUUUUGCUGUUUUUUGUGUUUAUUUGGAAGUAACGGACUGGCCUCAAGACUCGUUGACAGUUUGCUAGCAGAUUAAAGUUCCCAAGGCCUGUUUUAAAGGAUACAUUUUUGAGGAUUUUUUAAAAAAAAUGGAAGAGUGGAGGGACAUCACAGAUUUCAACAGUUCAAGUUUUCCGAACAGACGACGCCCGAGAUCCACAAUGUCUUAGGAACACCCCAGCAGCUUCCCACACUGAGCCACUGCCCCUGGCUGCAGCGUGCACAUCCCACCGCGACAUUCGCCUGGACUUUGGCGACCUGUGUGCAAAGGGUUGAAUUCGCAUGAAGGACUUGUUGCCGACCCAGGGGACCGUGAUCUGUGCGUUGGCGUCAUGAACUCGGCGGAGAAGCGCCACUCGGGUCGGCGGAGCGGCGGCCCCCGGAAGCACAGCGACGGCGGCUACAGCGACACCUCCAGCGCCGGGUCGUUCCCGGACGACACGGACCGCGAGGUCAGUAACCUGACGGACCGCGCCUUCAGGAGUCUGUGCAUCGGAGACGAGGCCGUCUACAACGACUCGGACCUCUCGGCCGCCUCGCCCUCCGGGCGGACAGAGAGACAGCAGGCCUUCUGCCAGGGCGGCCGGGGCUGGAAGAGGGAGGACGCCAAGAGAGCGGCCCCGGAGCGCUACGGCCCGGAGUGGCUGCCUGGAGCCGAGAGCCAGGGGGACCCAGGCUGGGCGGGAACCCUGGACGGGAGGACGGGGGGGCGGGUGUCUGAAACAUUCCAGCAUGCCCUCAUGGAUGGGUCACUUCACCAGAGGUCUCUGAACAGAGAGCCGGUGUCUCCUCUUAGCAACGGAGCGCCUGAGUUCAGCACCCUGGAGCGCCGCAGUCGCUCCAGAGUCUCCUCUCUCAUCAAGGCCUUUAACUCCGACGGCGUCAGGGAUGGAGGGGGGCCGGACGGGAAACUCAAGGAAUGGAAUAACGAGGGAAACUGGGAUAGGUCGACUCUGAUGAGCAUCCAGAGGGACGUUUCAGAGAUUUCUACGGCCUAUGGCCAAAACGUGAACAGCACCCCCUUCUCUCCCUCCGGCCCGUGUUCCUCACAGGCGAGCUUCUACUCCUCCCAGGUCGCCACGGCUCACCUCGACUCCUCGUCCUCCUCCUUCAUGAGGUCCUCCCACAGUCAGCACAGCGUGACCUCCCUGUACAGCUCCAGCGUCCCCAACGUCUUCAUCCACAGCGAGUACAGCCCGUUCAGGGUGUGGCGGCGGACGCACGACCGCUACCCCUACCAGCACGGGGACGUCUCCGGGUACAUGGACCGCUCGGGUUUCCAGACGUGGUACGAGACACCUCUGUACAAGGAGCUAUCUCUAGGACCGGAGACACAGCGCGUGCCCAUGCAGGAGCAGUGGGCCGCCGAGCCGCCCCCGAGGAAACCCCUGGAGCACGUGGCGCUGCCCCCGGCGCCGCGCUCCAGCUCGACGUCCGCCGUGCUGCACACAGCCUCCGCCGUGCAGAAGCGCUGUGAGUCAGAGCUGGCCGAGUUCCACACCAUGAGGAAACGGACGCAGAGCCUCGGGAACAACAAGCCCCCGUCCCAGCGGCCGUCCAUCGUCUCCCCCACCACCGAGAUGCGGCGGCGGGGGCGGGGGCGGGCCACCACUCUGAACUCCAUCGCCGACCUGCAGCAGAAGUUCAGAACGAUGACCUCUGAGCGCGGCGUCACAGCGGAGGUGAUGGGGGAUCCGCACGGUGCGCUCCCCGGAAACGAUGGCUUCAUUCAAUUCGCGAACUGCAACAGCGCCACCGCUGUGGCGGGGGCAGCGGUUGUCGGCAGUAACGCAUACCCCGCUCCCUUCAGCACAGGCCAGUCACGCACACUGGGUGUCUGCGCCCCCCAAGAGGUGGGGGCAUCAGAGGUCAAUCAGUGUGCCCUCUCGCCCCCCGCCAUGGAACAUGCCCCAGUGCGGGCAGAGAGCCGCGGAGCGACGCCCGACGUCAGGCUGUCCGGCUACAAAGCCAGGGCCACGAGCCUCCUCUUCAACCUCAGGGACAACAGGAAGAGUGUGAAGAGCACGUACAGCCCUCCUAAGUUCAUAGCUCUGGAGAACUGUGACAGGAACAAGCAGGUUAUCAAGAAGGACGGCAUGGAGCCCAGAGACACGGUUAUUAACAUACCCGAGUUCCAGGAUUCAGACCUUCCCCAGGUGGUGAUGCAGCAGGGACCCAGUGUGGACCCACACACCCCCUCACACCCUCCUUUAACAGGCUAUCAUAGUCCUGGGGUAACGGCAUUCAAUCCCCAUCUCCCCGCAGCGUACCAGGCCCAACGGAAAGACCACGUUUCCGGGGAUUACCUGAAACCUCCCACACAAAGUGAGAUGUUUCAUCACGCUGGAGUCAAUAGUUACUCUCAGGACGAGUGCACAAGCACUCCGCUCGCUCAUGGACAUGUUCAGCAACAAGAAUGCGUCCCGUCAUUUGCUAACAAAAUGCAUGCAAACAAUAUGAGUAAGACUGCAACUUCAGUAGGCCACCAAUACCGACAGGAAAAAGACAAUCAAUCAGGCAUCUCUAAUACGAUAAGCAUGGCUGCCUCUCCACAACCAGAUGCUAUUUACUCAGCAAUAGAGGUGCCUAGAUUACAUGUUGAUUAUACAAAUCAAACAGCAUAUCAAAUGAAUACGGCAAGUGCUAAGCAGUAUUUGAAAGAAUCAACGCGGGGUGAUAUGACUCGUGUCGAUAGAUAUGAGCAAGUGAAAGACAACAAAUACGCUUUCAGUGACCUGUCCUCAACAGACAGCUGGACACACCAGUGUCGGGAAAAAGAGACUCCCUAUGUGAUGGACAAAUUGAACGUUCAAUUGCCAACAGAAGCCGCUCCCUUGACAGAAAAUGACCCAAAUGCACAAUUUUACCCAGAAAUGGAUAUGUUGACAGAUAUGUUACUUUUACCACCACCGGAAUAUGGAUCUAGCGAAGAUUGGAAUAUGAGUAGCACUAAAACGCAAGACAACUUGGAGUUUGAUGAGAGCAAAGCUGAGGGAUUCCCUGUUUAUCCACAAAAGGAUGGCUUGCAUCCUCCUUAUCACACAUCGGUGAACCCUUACCUUUCAAACCAGACAAACCAAGUGCAGCAAUAUACUGCAUGUAGUACUCAGUCUACACCUGGAGAUGCUGCAGCCAAUGAAAAACAGCCCAGUAGAACAUUACAGGAAUAUCGAGUUCACAAUCAGCAAGAUGGAAUAAAGGAAAUCCAGUCAACUGAAAAAUACCCUCAAAUUAGGGGUACAGAGCAAGAACACACAAAGCAAAAGUCAUAUGGUGCUGAUGGCCAUGACAACUACAUGUUCACGCAGGAAUCUUCUCAGAUACAAAAGGAUAUUGAAGUGCUUGAGACGACGAACAAACUGAGAGAUCCACAAGAUGCCGUAAAACAGCAGUGUGAGCUCAAUUUGAAGGAAAAAACAUUAACAGCUAACCAAAUGCAAAGUAUGGCCAAACCACAGUUUUUGAAAAAUCAAGAUCGAGAAAUACAACUUGUUAAUGUCAAAGAAAAAGCAAAGGGGAAAAUAAACGAAAAACAUAUUCAAACAGAGUUGUCUAAACAACUAGAAUGGGCUCAAACAUUGCAGACAAAAUUAGAAUCGGUCAGAGCAGGGUUGACAGAGGAGCUGGUCACACACAGAGCCACAGUAGGCCAAACAGAACAGAUUACAGAACCAGUCUUGGUAGAGGGUCAGCCACAUGGAGAGGAAACCAUAACGGACAAGGUACACGUUGUGCAAAGUAAAGAUGUAAACAUUACAGAGCAAGAGGACAAGCAGGUCAGAGCACACCCAGCAGAAGUAGACCAGGGAAUGAAAUCACAACAAAACAAAGACGAUCGUUCAACGGCGGAGCUUAAAGAGGGGUCAACGGCCGAGGAGGACGAGGUUGAGGUAGCCCAAAAAGAAUGUAUUGAAACAAUAAGAAUCAGCCCCGAUGGAAAAGCAAAGGGAGAGGUGCUAGCUGGGAGAGAACCGGGAGCAGAACAAGCUAAAGAAGGGCAGGAACCAGCAGGGACAAUUCCAGCCGGAGUUCUCAAAAUGAAACAGUCGGAACAAGUUCAAACAGUCACCGGGGCCCCAGUUGAACCUAUAAAAGCGCAGCUUAGCAAAACAGGAAUAGAAAAAGCAAAGCUGCCUAAAAUGGAUGAAACAAAAGCUGUCUACAUUAAAGUUGACGAUGACAUUAAAGUGAAAGGCAAGGAUGAGCUACUUAGAGCAGAGAAGAUCAAUGCAGAUCCACCUAAAGUGGAAAAGGUCAAAGAUCCAUUUAGAACAAAACCGGCACCGGCAGAACACGCCAAAGUGAAAAUAGAGAAGGCCAAAGAAGAACCGAACAAAGUAGUGACAGCAGGGGAUGAGCCACCCAGCACAGAGCAAGGCCGGGCGAGGAUGGAACAUGCAAAAAUAGAACAUGCAAAAGAAAAACGAGAACACGCAAAAGCACUAUCUGAGAAAAGGAUGGAGCAUUCUGUUGAAUCACUAUUGAUAAGAAAGGCAGAAAAGGAUAAGCUCAAACAGGAGCCAGGCCGGGUGGAGAAGGUUAAGACGGAGCUAGCCAAAGCCAGAGCUGAGUUAGCCGAAUUUAAGGAGAAAAUGAAAGAGGAGCAAAAAGUAAAACAGACCAAUGCCAUCGUGUCAAAGGAAGUCGACAAAAACAUUCUCCAGAAGGAAAAACACCCGCCCCCAUACCAACAAACCGAGGAGACACCUGUCAUAGUUCUGGUUGAUGAGUAUGAACGUGUGAGGGAGAAAUAUGGUUUCAGUGAAACAGCUUUAGCCAAUAAAAACCUGGCCAGUGCCAACGAUGUCGCCUCCCCAAGCCAGGACAUGGAAAUGUCACGACCGCAUAGUGCUAAAGGUGAAGAGGCAUCAGGUAUCAGCAAACCAAGGGAUGCAGAGAAUCCCCAGAUUGCCACUGAGGACGAGGCCAAGAGACCAAACGCUAAAGGCGAGGAAUUCAGGGAGAACCGAUAUGUUUACAGUGAAACCUCCAAAGAGUUUAAAUUAACAAGCCCAUAUGAUUCUUCUUCUUCACUUGUAACUCAACAAAUGGAAAGGGAAAUAGGUGUUGUUAAAAACACGAAGGACAAGGUGUUAAAUACCAAACCAGGGCCUGUGAGUGCCAACAUAGACGUUUCGCAGCCAGGAGGAUCCAACAUUAAUCCAACUAAAUCUCACAUGAACAUUAACACACAUGAAAGACAACUAAAUCCAAAUAAAUAUUCACAUUCAACUCCUUCACGGACUUUGAGCCAUAAAGAGAGGACCCAGACCAAGCAGGAAAUACUGACGUCUAAGAUAAAAGCUCAUGCUGAAAAGGAGAUUUCGGCGAUAAAGGAAAAGCAUUUCGCAAGUGGAAAGAGCGUACAGCAGAGGCUGCCAUCGCAAGAGGUCACUAAGCCGCUUGACAAAAAUAUCCCUCACAGCGUUGCACCAAGGGAUCAGCAUGCUACAGCACCAUUGAAAACCUCUAUCCCCAACAGUGAAACCACACCACCUGUAAUGCCCUCAAAUGCAACACAAAAGCAAGAACCUUUAAAACGUGUUCAAGACACUGUUGUACCGCAACCCAUGGCAUUAAAAGAAACAAAAAAUAUCAAUAACAGAAAUGAAGAAUUGAAGGCGAGAGAGAAGAAAUGUGCAACAAAGGCAACAUCUCAGAUCAAGGAGGAGAAUCCUAUCAGCCUUGGAAAAGAAGAAGUGAUGAAAGUAAACGUUAUCCAUCAGGCCGCCGAGGACGUCACCACACCUCAGAAGACCAAAGCACAUCCACCACCAUCAAAGCCAGAAGAAAGUCCUCAAAAUGAGACUCCUCAAAGCUCAGACGCAGCGAUAGGGGAAACACUUCAACGUCCUGAAGGGGCACCGUUGGUAAAACUUGGGUUCGGUCAGGAUGAGGCCCCAGCCAAUGACGACAGUUUGCAGAUCAUGGGAAUAAUGGUUACUGUUAGAGCAAAAGCUGAAACAGUGGGCACUAACGAUGAAGAUGGAGGUGCUAUAAAGGAAGCCCGAGAGAAAGCAAAGAUUGAUUCUGAAAUUAAUGAUGACAUUAAACCGCCUGGCAUCCUGUGUCUGGAAACAACAAAAGAAAAUAUUGCACAAGAUAUUUCUAACGGUAGAACAGAGGAGGAAAAACAAUUUGUACACGCAUCCCAGCCCACUGUCGGAAUGCGGUACACUAAAGUGGGUGCAAAUAACCAUCCUGAAAAUGAACCAGAAGAAACAACAGAUCAUCUGGAAAACAAGAUGGCUGACCUCACUUAUAAAAGGCUGACUGCACAAAAAGAAAGCUCUUUAAUGAGAAAAACAUCGAACAGUCACGCUGUCCAUCAAGGAGACCCUGUGGCCGAUAAAGAGAAUUCCUCUACGAGUAUGAAACCUGCUCCUAAUAAACCAGGGAAAACUCAACCCAUCCUCUUCAAGCAGGGGAAAAUAACUGAAAAGGCAAAGAUCUACACAAAUAAAAAUAGCAGUGAGGCAAAAAGCAACGUCAAAGGUAAUGUUGAAGUGGGCAAUGAUCCCUCACUGGCAAAAGCAAUGGAAAUAGGGUUUGACUCCCAAACGUCUUCUUUGAAAAGUGACAUCAAGAGUUCCAAAAUGCAGAGCCACCCAGCCUCAGAAAAAUACAAAAUGGCCGAUCCUAUCCCUUUAACAAAAACGGACAAAGUACAAGAUGGAGGAAGUGUGCCCCUCCUGGUAGACGAGAGAACACACCCAUCCCUACCGGAAGCAGAACCUCAGAACAAAAACAGCACCUUUCCUGAAUUAAAAGGACCCGAAAAUGUGCAUAUAUCUAUAGGUCAGCAAGGUGCAAGGACACCUGGUGAAGAGAAUCAUCAAGAAGAUGGAAAUGUGCACAUAGGCUGCAUUGCUGUUCGAGUAGUGCAAGGGGUAAUUGUACAAGACGACCAAGAGAAAGCAGGCAAGGAAGUAGUUGCAAUUCAAAGUCUUGCUGAAACAAUGAACACAGAAAGAAACAGGGACGGAGCCCUACCCUUAACACCAGCAAUCAAACCGUCUGCUGAAAACGUUGUCCACCAAGUCCAACACAUGGGAUCCACUAACCAGAGCCGCAAGGUCACCGACAGCAGUGAAUCAAAACGCGAUGAAGAUGAACAAUCUAAGAUGGCUUCAGCCAAAGCAGUGGGUGAAAGCAAUACCACGGUCCAGGCAACAGAGGAAGAGUAUUUCCAGUUUCAGGGGGUAACAGAAAGAAGCCAGGAACCAGAUGACGCUAUGCUAGACAGCACAGGUGUGCCAGGUUUGCCCAAGGAACACACAGAAGAAUUAAGUGAACCGAGAACGUCUACAAGUGGAGAUGUUACCGGUUUGCAAUCUGACAAAACUUCUGUGAAAACAGAACCGUCCUCGCAGCCGAAAGCAGAGCAAGUGACAAAUGAAGACAAGGUUUUAGACAACACCAGCAAGACCACUAUGGAAUCUGAUUCAGCAGCCUCUGAAAAUAUGAGUCAAAGUGAUAAAAGUGGGCAAGAUACAAAGAACAGCCGUCUAUUCCCAGAGAGACAAAGCAAUCAAAGGUUACAUAAUACAGAGACCGGGCAGGACGUUCCGAUUUUAAAACAGGCCACGCAGAAUACAUUUCAUGCAUCAGGAAAGGAAAAGCAGAGUGUAAGGGAUUCUCAUUCAACCAGGAAUAAUAGAGUAAGUGCAUCCAAGGAACAGCCUUAUGACAAACAAGAAGCCAAAUCCAAACCUAGGGCCUCCACAAUACCAGAGAUUUCGGCUAUUGCGGACUACGCCAGAUUGAAAGUGAUCGCUGCAGAAGACGAGCCAGAUACAAUACAGGAAUUCCCUCCGAACAAAAAGGAAGGCUUUUUCCCCAUGAUACAGUCUCAUCACAGCAGGCGCCCAGUCUUCACUGCAGAGACACCAGAGCGAAAGACGGUGAGUAAGAAGACAGUGUCGAGGGAGCCAGAACCAAGCCCCAAAGUGGAAAAGGAGCCCAAACAUCUAGUGUUUUCAACCAUGGAACAAGACCACAAAAGGACUGGAAUGUUCAAACUGAGAGAAAAAGAAAAUGUGCUUUCAGAUGUCAAAACAAAAGACAAGGCAGAUGAUGAUAAAAUGCGUACACAAGAUCCUACAGGGACUCCCCAGGCAGGGUCUGAAGACUUCCAGUAUUGGUCACGGGACACGGCCAAACCUGCAGGUCCAACGUUGAGUUCCUCCGCCAAUAUCAACCAAACAAAUACAUCUUUAUCACAGCACUCGGCUCAGCCUGACAACUCCACUACGACCGAAAGACCCCAAGGUGACGAAGUAUUUACUGAACCAAGGACAGGGCCACAGGUGGAUCACAAUUCACAUCAACAAGCCAUGUUUGGGAAAAUGUUCAACAAAGGCAAGAACAGAGGGGACAGAAGCAAUGCAAUAGUGAGCGAGGCAAAAUCCAAAGAGAAUGAGGAGGCAAUGGCAGCCAAACAGAGACAGGAAAAUAAAAUCAUUCAACAGAUUAACGAGGAGAGGAGAGCUACUCUGGAGACCCAGAAAAGAGAAGCGAGGAGAGCCAGAGAGAGAGAGGCCAGAGCUGCUAGGAUCGAGGAGGAUAGGAGGGAGACCCAGAGAGAAGCAGAUAGAAUGGCAGAGGAGGAAAGGAGGGAGACCCAGAGAGAAGCAGAUAGAAUGGCAGAGGAAGAAAGGAUGGCACAGCUGCUCAAAGAGAAAGCUGCUCAGGAGGAGAUGGAGAAGAAAAGAGAGGAGGAGAAUAGAGUGGUUGAGGAGGAGUGGAGAAAGAAAAGGAGAGAAGAAGAAAGGAGGAAGAAGGAGACGGAAGAGAGGAUCGCCGCCCAGAUCCAGGAGGAGAUGAGGAGGGCCAAACAGCGGGAGGAGGAGAGACGCGCGCUUGAGGAAGAGGCACGAGUAGCAAAGGAGGUGGAGGACAAGAGGAGGGACAGGCGGCGAGAGGAGGACAGAAGAGUAGCUCAGAUACAGGCGGAGAGGAGGGUCGCUCAGGUAGAGGAGCAGAGGAGAGAGAGGGAGGAGGAGAGGAGAGAGAGGGAGGAGGAGAGGAGAGAGAGGGAGGAGGAGAUGGCCCGAGCAGAGGAAGAGAGGAGGGCGAAACACCGAGAGAUAGAACAGAGGAUAAAGGAGCACGAGGAAAGGAGAGCUGCCAAGCUGGAGGAGGACAGAAUGAACAGAAAGCAAGAAGAGGCUCACAGGCAGCAGGAAAGACGAGGAGAAACCAGAGAGGAGGGAGAGCUGCCUGCUCCGAUGGAGGAGCGUGAGGGACAACAGGUGGGGAUGGAGGGAGCUCCACCUUCUCCACGGAUGGAGCCGAGGAGAGCAGCUCCGUGGAUGGACGCUCUGCAGUACUACGCCAUCAGCUCCUCGGCAAACUCCAAGGAUAAACAACCGCUCUCCCCCGUGUCCCCCCGGAGACGAGGGGAGCCCACCAAGCUGGGGUCCACCCCGGACGAGUCUCUCAGUAGUCCUCCAGCCCCGUCCUCUCCGGCGCCGGUUCCCCCCCGCUCCACGGCCUCGUCCCCCGCCCCGGGACCCAGGCCCACCAUGUUCAGGGUGAAGGACAACACCCUGAGGGCGUCCUCGCUGACCAAGUCGGUCAAGCCGCGCCUGCACAAGAGCUUCGGCGAGGACUUCAGGGUGGGCUCCCCGCUGGCCGAGCGCAGGGGGCCGGACAGAACCGAGGAGGAGCGCGACGGAGCGAGACGCAGCGCUGGAACGCCCGUCCACCAAGACACCGUCAGCAGGUCCUACAGACUGCCCAGUGCGAAGGAGUCAAUGCCGCCGCCGUCGGUGCCAGAGCCCCGCGCCGCCCGGGCAGAUCACCGGCCCUACUCCCGGAGGAGCACGGCCCCGGACGAGGACGACUCUCGCUCCUGCGUCAGUAACGUGUCCGAGGACGUGGAGAGCUUCGCCACCAGUGUGGGGGACAUGUCUGAUUUCAGGGGCUUCUGCGACUACGACAGGCCCGAGUCGGCGUGCAGCUUCAGCAGCGACGUGUCCCGCUCCCUGGGGAAGCCUCCGUCUGUGCCGCCCAAGAGCGACAAGGCACUGAGGCGGGCGCUGCGGCUCACCACGCGCAGGAUCAAGAAGGGCUUGAUGAAGACGUCUGAGGAGGGCCCCGUCCCAGAGGAGGACCCCCUCCGCUCAGCCGGCAGUUCCUCCUCCAGCACCAGUGAGCUCCGGUCCUCCUCCCACCACGCCCGGGCUUCUCCUCACUUCUCUGCUCCUUUCUCCCUCACCCACGCCCCGGCACCGGCCUCUAGCGCGCCCUCCUCCUAUGCCGAAACGCCCGCCGCUUACCGCUACCCCCACGCCUCGCCGCACGCCACUGGCUCCAUCAGCUCCCCUCACGCCGCUGGCUCCAUCAGCACCCCUCACGCCGCUGGCUCCAUCAGCACCCCUCACGCCACUGGCUCCAUCAGCACCCCUCACGCCACUGGCUCCAUCAGCUCCCCUCACGCCGCUGGCUCCAUCAGCACCCCUCACGCCACUGGCUCCAUCAGCACCCCUCACGCCGCUGGCUCCAUCAGCUCCCCUCACGCCACCCUCCCUGUCUCCCCCCCAUUCGCCUCCGCUCACACCAGCGCCCCCACCCCGCAUGUCAGCGCCCCCGCGUACCCCCCAGUGGCCUCCCCUCGCCGCGCCCCCGCCGCCCCUCCUCAGGUGACCCCUAAACCCAUGGCUAGUACCCCCUCUUCCCCUGUUCUCCGCAGGCGCUCGGCAGUGACCCCGGUGAGGCAGUACCACGUGGAGCCCGGCUACGCCCCGUCCUACCCGCUCACCCAGCCCAAGGUGCUGCAGGACCCGGGCUCCGGCCAGUACUACGUGGUGGAGAUGCCCGUCGAGGUCCAGACCAAGACCUUCUUCGACCCCGAGACGGGCAAGUUCGUCCAGCUGAACGUGCGUCAGUCGGCCCGGGGGGGCUUCCAGGCCCCGGCCCAGCACGCGGCCUAUCAGCAGCCUCGGAUCGCCCAGCCCCAGAUGCACGUCCAGGCGCUGCCGCAGGCGUACCCCCAGGUGGCCACGCCCGGGAAGUCCUUCGUGGUGUACCCGGGGUACCCCCCGGGGCGGCAGGCCACGCCCGUGUCCACGCUGCCCCCCCAGAGGUCGUACUCGGGGAUGUCUCUCCCUGAGACCCUGCCCCCCCCGGGGCAGUCCGCCAGGGGGGGUCAGAACGAUAGCUACCAUGGGUACAACUCGGAGGAAACUCCUUAUAUGGACACGGCCUAUGAGACGGACACGAUAUGUGACACAAACAAAGUCCACCGUGGGGCCUACGAGAAGCACCCCGAGGCGCGCACAGACGGAGGGGUUCAGGAGGGGUCCUUGGGCUACGAGAACGAUACGAUACCGGCCCGGUCCAGCCAAGAACAGCGUGACAUCAUAGCCAUGAGUGAGCUGGAGGACUUCAUGGAUGUGUCUGAUUGGUGAGAGGAGGAAAUAGACAGGCUAGGUUGCGGGGGGUUUACUUUGUUUAAAGGAGAAAGAGUUAUUAAAAUAUAUAAAACAUAAAGUAUUUUUCACAUAGAGUAGUAUACACAGCACCUUCACCACGGCUGAACAAAUAUAAAGAUAUAUGCUAAAAUAUUUAAGAGUAAGUAAAACACGUACGAGUAUGUAUUUUGAAUAAAUAUUUGAUUUGUCAUGGUUUUAUAUGUGACAUCUGUAGUUGCAAAGGGCCUCUUUGAUUGUUUCUCUUUUACUUUGAAUGAAAGGUCCCGUAAACCAUCAAACUGCUGCUGUUAUACAGUUUGGAUGGCUAAAGUGUAUAAAUUGUGUUACAGAAAUGUGUACCAUUCCAUUUGAUUUCAUUUUUUUUGUGUUUGUGUUCCACAUGAGACACUCAGCAUUUCUCUCAUACAUACGAACACGGUGUGUCGACGCCCCCGAGAACAAGUCUGUCGUGAAACCACCGCGGACAAAUGGGAUGUAAUCUGUGUACAGUGUUCACUCAGAAGGAUAGACACGGGCACAGUGCUCCUAGACCCAGACCGGUGCUUUAAUGAUCUGCUCCUGUAGGUACAUGUGCUCCGUCAUCGCCGACCGUCAUGAUCUGGUGUCAUGUUCAGAUGCAGGUGUUGUGCUGAACACCUUGUGAAACCAUCGCAGACACGCAGAUGCGCCUGAUGGUUUGUUGCUUCAGUCGAGAUGACACGGUGAUGAAAGGAGUUAAUCAAGGCUGUUUUAAGGUUUCAUUUCACAAAGAUAUUGUCUGUUUCUCCAGUGGGAGUCGUCUGAGGUGCUUCGGCCGUGCGGUGGAACAGUGUAGAUUGACGUUUGUAGGCAAAACAAUUAAGCCCCCCCCCCUUUUCAGCAAAUGCUGAAUGUGCACCUUAAAAAUAAAGGUUAAAAAUAAGCAAAAUACUUAAAAAGAUUAA